AUGGAGACGGCCAACGCGGAGGCAGAUCACAACGCAUUCUGCAGCACCGAGCUGGCCACCAACAAGCAGACUCGCGAGAAUAAGGCCGCGAAGGCCGAGGACCUGGCGGCAACCGCCGACAAGCUCACCGCCGAUAUCGCGCUGCUCGCCGAGGAGAUCACCAAGCUGGCCGACGACAUCGCCAAGAUCAUGGCGGAGCAGGCGGAGGCUACCAAGCUCCGCAGCGAUGAGAAGGCCGUCAACGCUCAGACCGUGGCGGACGCCAAGGACGGCCAGGAGGCGGUCGAGCGGGCGAUUAAGAUCUUGCGUGAGUUCUACGCCAAGGCGGACAGCUCCUUCGUGCAGGAGCCGUAUAAGGGCAUGCAGGACGUGAAGGGCGGCGUCCUGGGCAUGCUCGAGGUGUGCCUGUCCGACUUCGCCCGCCUGGAGACGGAGACCUCCAUGGCGGAGGAGGAGGCGCAGAGCAGCUACGAGAAGUUCAUGGCCGAGUCGACGGAGUCGAAGGAGGUUAAGGAGGUGGCGAAGGAGCACAAGGAGGGCAACAGGGCGGACGCCGAGGCCGACCUGCGCGCCACGAAGAAGGAGCUGUCCCUGACGCAGGAGGAGCUGGACAAGGCGCUGGAGUACUACGGGGUGCUCAAGGCCGACUGCCUGGACACGGGGCUCAGCUACCAGGAGCGCGUGAAGGGGCGCGAGGAGGAGAUCCAGAGCCUGCAGGAGGCCCUGCGAAUCCUGCAGGGCGAGGACAUCGCGUGA